UCAUUUUGUUAGUACUGACGAGCGCUUUGUCCUACUAAUAUUCUCUUUUGCAUUGAUUGUUUUUUGAAAACGUUUGAAGUCGCCAUAUUUCGAAGGCGCAAGUUAUUUAAUAUUCAGUCUCUGUUCGCCACCAUUCAGAGAAGAGAGACCACCACGAGACAACCUUAAGAACAGCAAUUACGAAAGUGGCGACUGCGAUUCCUGCUACGUAUACAGAUAGAGAAGAAAGAAUGUCAACACCCAGCGCACCACCAGCACAAGGUGCAGGUCGAGGCGGAAGACCUCGACAUUAUAGAAGACCACGGCGAGGAGGCGCACAGAACGGGACUGCUCCUAUCCCAGGAGCCCCACGAGACACACCAGCACAACCGACCCUUGGAAACGCAACCGCUGUUCCUCCAGCUCCAGUGGCGCAGGCAGCUCCGGGCUCAAAUCCGAACCCAAACCGAAGGAACAAUGGGCAAUCAAGUCGGGGCAGAGGCGGAAGGCCGGGUCAAAGAGGAGGAGCGCCUAGGCAUGUGAUGGGAGGUGCGGGGGGAAGAGCGUUUGGCGGGCAGCUCACGUCCGCGGGAGGAGCAAGCGGAGGCUCAGCACCUUUAUCGCUGCAGGCUGACGCACCGGCGUUUACACCUGGCCAAACAGUAGUUCCCAGAACCACCGCCACCCACAACCACCCUCCGCCAAAUAUCGGGAGGCAGCGACGGUUUUCGAAGUCGCAGGCUGCAGAUAUUGCAACCCGAACACACGAGGACAUCCUACACGGCUUAUACGAAUGUCCAAUAUGCACUAGCGAAGUACUCAAGAACUCAAAGGUAUGGUCGUGCAAGACCUGCUGGACCGUUUUCCACCUGUCGUGCGUAAAGAAAUGGGCGAAGAACGAGGGGUCUACGCAGCAGAACCGCCAGCAACUACAGGAAGGAGAGCUACCGCCGGCAAGGCAGUGGAGAUGUCCUGGGUGUAAUCUACCCAAGGAUGAUAUGCCAGAGUCAUAUACCUGCUGGUGUGCAAAGGAUGUCGACCCGAAGGCCAUUCCUGGACUACCACCGCACUCAUGUGGACAGACCUGCGGGAAGCCUCGAGCACCACGGAAUUGCCCGCAUCCUUGCGACCUGAUAUGCCAUGCUGGACCAUGCCCACCAUGUCCUCAUAUGGGACCUGUACAAGCUUGUUUCUGUGGGAAGGACGAGGUUAGUAAGAGGUGUAUCGACACUCAUUACGAUAGUGGCUGGAGCUGCGGCAAAAAGUGUGGUGAUAUGAUGCCCUGUGGGGAGCAUGAGUGCGUGAAGGGCUGCCAUGAAGGGCUCUGCGGAAGCUGCGAAGUACUCGUCGAAUCGCGCUGUUAUUGCGGAAAGGUCGAGAAGAUGGUGCCUUGCUCGGAUAGAGGCGACGAAAAGGACAGUAGCAUUGUGAAGGAUGACAACGAGGUUGACAACUGGACCGGAUCAUUCGAAUGUGGGAACGUUUGCAAACGCGCCUAUGACUGUGGACGCCACUUUUGCGAGAAGAGCUGCCAUGAACAGACAGCCGAUGUACCACAUUGUCCACUAUCGCCAGAUGUCAUCACCCACUGCCCUUGUGGAAAGAGUACUUUGAAAGACCUGGACUGUACGAGAAGUUCCUGCGAAGAGCCCAUUCCGCAUUGCCAGAAGCUGUGCUUAAAGCAGCUGGCUUGUGGACACGAAUGCCAGCAGAAAUGCCACGAAGGAGAGUGCCUGCCUUGUCUCAAGGUCGUGCCCAUUGUCUGCCGAUGUGGACGAACGACGUCAUCAACCAUCUGCCACCAAGGUACCGAGGCUCUCCCGCAGUGCAUGAGGAUUUGCAAGACAGCCCUCAAUUGCGGACGACACGAAUGUGGAGAGCAUUGUUGUCCUGGCGAGAAGCCUGCUGGGGAACGCAUUGCGGCGAAGCGAAAGCAGAAGGUAUCUCGUGGGACAACGGAAGACUAUGAGGCAGAGCACAUAUGCACGAGAGUCUGCGGGAGAGAUUUGAAAUGUGGGAACCCAGAGCAUACUUGUCAAGAACUCUGCCACCGUGGCGCAUGCGGUGCGUGUAGAGAAGCCAUCUUUGAUGAGAUCUCUUGCAACUGCGGUCGGACUGUGCUUCACCCACCGCUCCCAUGCGGCACUCAGCCGCCUCCUUGUCCACACCAAUGCAACAGGCGCACCGCAUGUGGCCACCCGGCAGUAAACCACCAGUGCCACGGCGAUGGAGAGUCCUGCCCCAAGUGUCCCUACCUUGUGCAGAAGACAUGCAUGUGCGGCAAGAAAAUCCUUAAAAACCAACCGUGUUGGUCUACGCAGAUAUCCUGUGGACAGACUUGCGGACAUCGCCUUCGUUGCGGCAUUCACUCCUGCCAGAAGCCAUGCCAUCGGGCUGGCGACUGUGAGGAUGCUUUACUCACUCAAUGUCCCCACGUCUGCGGUAAGACCAAAACCACACCAGGUUGCGGCCACAUCUGCCUCGAGCCCUGCCAUGCGCCGUAUCCGUGCAAAGAAGACAAGCCGUGCCAGGCCAAGGUUAUCAUAACCUGCGCCUGCCAGCACCUUAAGCAAGAAGUGCGCUGCCUAGCCACCAAAGCGACGCCAGUGACUGAACGCAAGACCCUGGCCUGCGACGACGAAUGUCUCCGCCUUCAACGCAAUGCCAAGCUUGCUGCCGCCCUCAAUAUCCCAUCCGACCACACGGAUGACCAUAUUCCAUACUCCGCGGCGACUCUCGACUUCUUCAAGGGGAGUCCAAAGUGGUGUCAGACACAAGAGCGUGAGUUCCGUGUCUUCGCUGCCGACACAACUGCCAAGCAGUUCCGAUUCAAGCCCAUGUCUGCCGCUCAACGUGCCUUCCUGCACUCCCUCGCGGAAGAUUUUGCUCUCGACACCGAAUCCGUCGACCCUGAACCCCACCGACACGUAGUCCUCUUCAAGGCGCCACGCUUUACCAGCGCACCGAUGAAGACACUCAGCCAGUGCCUCAAGCUUCGUCCUGUGGUCGAGGCACCCAAGAACGCUCCUGCAACCACGGGUGUUCCGUUCAAUGCGUUGCUACUCGCCAACCCACGCUUCGCACUCACCCUUGAUGAGCUCCGCGCUGCUGUUGCAUCCGAUCCGGCGACUGCGCAGAUCGCGGGGUGGAAAAUAGAGUUCCUCCCUAGUGAGGAGAUCGUGGUACGCGCGAGUCUCGCAGACGGCGUCGACGAGGCAACUCUGCAGCGCCUCAAGCCUGCGCUUACCAAGGUGGUGCUCGAGAAGGAGCUGGCGGGAGCUGUCGCGCUCUGCGCCGUGGACGCGAGUUUGAAUGUUGCACGGAGAGAGGAUACUGGAUCUGCGGGAGGGUGGAGCCAGGUUGUCAAGGGUGCGCCUGUGAAGAAGAGAGUCGUCGACGAGUGGGCUGCCAGUGGCAAGAAUUCGUUCACGGUUCUUGGAAGUAAGGCGGCGGGGAAGAAGAAGGAGAAGGAGAAGGGAAAGGAGAGAGAGAGGCAGGAGAGCGUUGUGGAGAAUUGGGAAGAUGCGGUUGGAGCAUGGGAGGAGAGUGCCGAGGGUGCAACUGGCGCAGUCGUUGCUGGCGCAGUUGAUGAAACUGAGGUUGCAGAUGCGAGUGCAGCAGAAGAAGCGCCGGUGCCAGCCAGUGGCCAAACGAAGAUGCCAGAUGUGGAGUGAUGGAAGAAGUAGCUGUAUUAGAAGCUCAUUUUAAAACCUUAAACACGACUGAUUAAGCAUGACAUGAUCAUUAAAUUGUGACACUGCCCUGUGGCAUAUAUGGCCUCUAUAUGACAAUUAUUUGUAAUAUUACAGCUCGCCUGGGACAUCUCUAAGCCUAGUUAUGCGCCCCAUCACGACCUCAGCGGCAGAAUGUGCUGCGCCAGACAGCCUCUCCUGCAAAGCGGGC